AUGAAGCGCAAAUUGACCCACAUGGUUUUAAUACUAAUAGGCUUUGUUAUUGUUAGCAAGAACGUGAACAAAAGAAAAGCAGAAAGUGAUAGAAAGCAUCAGUGUAUUGAAAUGUGGGAGGACAAUAACAAACUCACCAGGGAGGACAAUAACAAACUCACCAAGGAGGACAAUAACAAACUCACCAAGGAGGACAAUAACAAACUCACCAAGGAGGACAAGAACAAACUCACCAAGGAGGACAAGAACAAACUCACCAAGGAGGACAAGAACAAACUCACCAAGGAGGACAAUAACAAACUCACCAAGGAGGACAAUAACAAACUCACCAAGGAGGACAAUAACAAACUCACCAGGGAGGACAAUAACAAACUCACCAAGGAGGACAAUAACAAACUCACCAAGGAGGACAAUAACAAACUCACCAAGGAGGACAAGAACAAACUCACCAAGGAGGACAAGAACAAACUCACCAAGGAGAACAAUAAACUCACCAGGGAGGACAAUAACAAACUCACCAAGGAGGACAAUAACAAACUCACCAGGGAGGACAAUAACAAACUCACCAAGGAGGACAAUAACAAACUCACCAGGGAGGACAAUAACAAACUCACCAAGGAGGACAAUAACAAACUCACCAAGGAGGACAAUAACAAACUCACCAAGGAGGACAAGAACAAACUCACCAAGGAGGACAAGAACAAACUCACCAGGGAGGACAAUAACAAACUCACCAAGGAGGACAAUAACAAACUCACCAAGGAGGACAAUAACAAACUCACCAAGGAGGACAAGAACAAACUCACCAAGGAGGACAAGAACAAACUCACUAAGGAGGACAAGAACAAACUCACCAAGAAGGACAAGAACAAACUCACCAAGGAGGACAAGAACAAACUCACCAAGGAGGACAAUAACAAACUCACCAAGGAGGACAAUAACAAACUCACCAAGGAGGACAAGAACAAACUCACCAAGGAGGACAAGAACAAACUCACCAGGGAGGACAAGAACAAACUCACCAAGGAGGACAAUAACAAACUCACCAAGGAGGACAAGAACAAACUCACCAAGGAGGACAAGAACAAACUCACCAAGGAGGACAAUAACAAACUCAUCAAGGAGGUCUGA